UUACAAUAGUAUUACAUGCCUACCCAACUUCAGCGUUUAGCGUUGAUUACAUAGAAGAUAGGUUACUUUCGGGUAGGAGUGGCGAGUAAAUGGCCGCUAUAGAUGUCGCCCUGGAGGACACUGCGGAAGAUGAGACCCUCGAGACCAGCUGACACGAAGUCCAAAUGACGCGUCGGAUGUCGCGGCUCUCGCGACGUGUCUCCACGAUGUGCUGGACGGGGACGAUGAACGGGUGGAUGCUGUGCGUCGUCAAUUCGAAGAAGUUCUAGGCGUCUACUCCGUUGGUGAAGCAUGGGAACUGUUCCGAGAGGAUUUCCAGCUCUCCCCGCUUCGCGCCGCCAUGGCACUGAGAGGGAAUGUACCGGGCCUUACCGUCUCGGACGCGAAAUCCCUCUUGUUCAAGAUCAAAACGGCAUCGGAGGGGGCCGUGGAGGAUCAGGGACACAGGGACGCGGAGACUGGCACCGUCGAGGACGCGGCGGAACUGUGGUCCCGAUGAGUGCACCAGCCGGCAUCACCGAAGCAGAGGAUGUGCCACCCCGCGUCAAGUCGCGUGGUGCUACUGGCGAGUUCAAAACAAACUGGUCAGAGCUUGGCGGUAUAGACCCAUAUGCAUGCUGCAUCAGCGGCGGCAUCAGGGGGUGGUUCAUCGGUGCUAAGACUGGCAACAUCGAGAAUAUUAUCAACCACGUCAAAACACGCCAGCACAUGAUGGCGUGCAAGCAAGAGACACAGCGGCUCACCCAGCAGGGUGGCCUUGUCGCGCGGCCCAUGCCACCACCUGGAGUGCGAGACGUCAGCUGUGCCUGGCCACCUGACAUGCGCAUGCAUCUAUAUGGCAUGUCGGACGAGGCGGCAGAGGAGGAGUAUCAGCGCCUCUACAGCCAGUUUCAGCACAGGCGCACACGUCGGCGAGAGCAGCAGCCCAAUGCCGUAGACAGUGGGCGCCGCAUCUUACCGUGCACUUCACCCACUCCUGCACCUGGAGCGCGCACCGUUGGUCCCAACAUGGAUCCGGAGGCACAGCGCAUCGUCAGCCCCGACGUGGCGACAUGGAUAUUAGCGAUAGCGAGUCUGGUGAGGGAGUCCAUAUGGUUCGAAGCGGAGGGGGUGGGAAUGUGCGCCUGUUUCUCUCCAGUGAGAGUCCGGAGUGGUUCACCCCACUGAGUAUCAUAGAGCUGGUGCGCGAGGUGUUCACUCCUGGCAGGAUCGACCUGGACCCAUGCUCGUCCGCGGCUGCUAACACACGUGUUGGGGCGACAGUGUAUUACGAUAUGGAAUCCGAUGGUCUGUUGGAGUGCAACGCGUGGAUGGGCAAUGUGUUUGUCAACCCGCCUUUUGGGGUGCAGGGUGGUGCAAGCUAUCAGAGCCUGUUUUUCCAGAGAUGCGCAACAGAGUACACGGCUGGUCACAUUCACCAAGCAGUACUGCUACUGAAAGCCGCUGUGGGUUAUGCGUGGUUUGAUGCCAUACUACAAUGGCCUGUCUGUUUUCUGCGCCAACGUUUGGCGGGUAGCCAAUCCACACGGAAGUGUCGUGGUUUACAUGGGCCCAGACGUGCAACGUUUUGUGUCAGUGUUUGGUUGUAUGGGCGGAAUACCGGGGGCGACUUCAUGGGCCAUGCCCCGCCCAACGGAGAGCUCGAUGGAUUAAGGCAUAGAUUGCAUAUGGCGAACAUAUUCUUCUCGGCAGACAUCUGCAUUUUCAUUUGUUUUCAAUGUAGCUCGUGGUACUGAGUUUAGCGGUUUAUCAGAGAUUUGUCAUUGUUUCCACCCGAACCUAUUCAUGCAAACGAGUGUUGUGGGAUAAACUGGACGGACUGUCGAUAAAGUGUGGUGGGAAAACAGUGGGACCUCGGCAGCUGACUUGACUGGGUAAUGCAGUCGUGGCCCUGAGUGCUUGCCUCCGGUAGUAGUAGUAGUGCCAGAGUACGGUAACCAGGUGUGCAAGUUUUUCCACUCCAUGUCGUGGGAUCGAAUCUAAUACACACAUGAGGCACUUGUAAGCGGUCCUCUUGC